AUGUGUGAUCGCAGUCUCUACAGAUCUGGCUACGUUGGUUCUCUCUUGAAUUUGCAAUCUCCAGAUUCCUUUUAUUUUCCUAAUUUGCGGGCUAAUGGCAGUCAAUUGGCGGCUCUGCCCACCAUUUCCUACCCCAGAAGCUCGAUCCCGUGGACUUGCUCAAGUUCGUGCGCAGCCCAGCCGCAGAGCCACGCGUUCAGCGGCGCGGCGCAGCCUUACCUCCCCGGCUCUGUUCCAAUCAACAUCAACUCCAACAGCAACAAAGAGUGCCUGGAAGAAAACAAUAAAUAUUACGCCCAUGAUGCGAGCUCCAAACAAGAGGAAAGAUGCAGGCAGAGGCAAUCUUUCGCAAAUGACCCAACUAUUACUCACGCAGCCAACUUAAAGCCUGUAAAGUAUGACCACUCGAGCCUGCAGAGAAGUUUGCAUGGCUCGGCUACUCUUUUUGAAGUGAACUCCUGCACUUCCAGCCUAAAGGAGGACAUCAAGAAUUCGGUCAACUUGAACCUGACAGUUCAGCCCGCAGCAGUCCAGUCAUGCCUCCGACCUUCAGUGCAGGAUGGUUUGCCUUGGUGCCCCACCCAGGGGAGAUCAAGAAAGAAACGGAAACCUUACACAAAACAACAAAUUGCUGAAUUGGAAAACGAGUUUCUCCUCAAUGAGUUUAUUAACCGACAGAAGAGGAAAGAACUAUCAAACAGACUGAAUUUAAGCGAUCAGCAAGUUAAAAUUUGGUUUCAGAACCGACGAAUGAAAAAGAAAAGAGUAGUAAUGCGUGAGCAGGCGCUUUCUAUGUACUAGACCAGAGUCCGCCCGUUCCUGCAUGAACUUGUGCCUGGAGUGUUCACCCCUAGAGUAGAGUAUAUUCGCGGCUGAAAUGCGGGAAGUGUGAUUUUGUUUUUGUUUUUGUUUUACCGUUUAAACCAAAAUCUCCAAGCGCGUAGGAUCCCUGUGUA